UCCCUCAUCUUCUCUUUUCAAAUUCCACGUCCAAACCCCGAUUCCACUGUUUCACCCUCUCUCUCUCUCUCUAAAAUUCCAUUGAUCGGGCUCGGCCCCCCGCCCUCGUCUCUCCGUCUCCCUCCGCCACGUCCGCUCGGCGGCGACGACGACGACGAUUCAGACAUGUCCUACGACUACCUCUUCAAGUACAUCAUCAUCGGAGACACGGGUGUGGGCAAAUCGUGCCUGCUUCUGCAAUUCACGGACAAGAGGUUCCAGCCCGUCCAUGAUCUCACCAUCGGCGUCGAGUUCGGCGCUCGCAUGGUCACCAUCGACGGUAGACCGAUCAAGCUUCAGAUUUGGGACACGGCAGGGCAGGAAUCUUUCAGAUCCAUCACUAGAUCUUACUAUAGAGGAGCUGCUGGAGCACUUUUAGUUUAUGACAUCACCCGGAGAGAUACAUUUAAUCAUCUUGCAAGCUGGUUGGAGGAUGCUCGGCAGCAUGCAAAUCCUAACAUGACAAUCAUGCUUAUAGGAAACAAAUCUGAUCUAUCUCACCGGAGGGCUGUCAGCAAAGAAGAAGGAGAACAGUUUGCAAAGGAAAAUGGACUUCUAUUUUUGGAGGCAUCUGCAAGAACAGCACAAAAUGUUGAGGAGGCUUUUGUAAAGACUGCUGCGCAGAUCCUACAGAAUAUACAAGACGGAGUAUUUGAUGUAUCCAAUGAGACAUCCGGAAUCAAGGUGGGUUAUGGGCGCCCUCAAGGUCAAACCGGUGCAAGAGACGGAACUGUAGCUCAGAGGGGUGGAUGUUGCAGCUGAUUGAGGAUAGCGCAGCAUUGGCGUUGGUGAUCUUCUGCGAUCUGUUAAUUCUGAUCUUGGCCCUUAAAUUUUCUAUAUGUACGGAUGCUGCUUUUGUACGGUGAAUUGUACAGAUCUGCUCACAGUUGUUCCUCGAUAGCUAUCAUUUGUAGACCCAGUAAAUCUUCUAAUUACUUUGAUUUGCUCCA